AAUUUGUCCUAAAGAUGGAUCCAUUUCCCUUUCACUGGCCAAUUCUCUCUCUCUCAAAAAUCUAGUCGAAUUUUAAUUGAUUUAGUUUUUCAUUUGAAUUUUGAUCAUCGAAACCCUAGGCGCGGAGAUGGGGCUGUCCUUCACCAAGCUUUUCAGCCGGCUCUUUGCCAAGAAGGAGAUGAGGAUUCUCAUGGUGGGUCUCGACGCCGCGGGUAAAACUACCAUCUUGUACAAGCUGAAGCUUGGGGAGAUUGUGACCACCAUCCCUACCAUUGGAUUUAAUGUGGAGACCGUGGAGUACAAGAACAUCAGCUUCACCGUGUGGGACGUUGGCGGUCAGGACAAGAUCCGACCCUUGUGGAGACACUACUUCCAGAACACGCAGGGCCUUAUUUUUGUGGUUGACAGUAAUGACCGAGAUCGUGUUGUUGAGGCUAGAGACGAACUCCACAGAAUGCUUAAUGAGGAUGAGUUGAGGGACGCGGUGCUGCUCGUCUUUGCUAACAAACAGGAUCUUCCAAAUGCCAUGAAUGCUGCAGAAAUCACUGACAAGCUUGGCCUUCAUUCCCUUCGUCAGCGUCACUGGUACAUCCAGAGCACAUGUGCAACAUCUGGAGAGGGCUUAUACGAGGGAUUAGACUGGCUCUCAAACAACAUCGCUAACAAGUCAUAGAUCUCUCUGUUGAUGGUGUUUUGCGUGGAGCUGAGAGUUAUUACCAAGGAUGUUUUUCUUCAAAUCUUGCAGUCAUAGAUUUCUUCAACUAUGUUUCCGGCAUUUUGUAUUUCGCUGAACGACUCAUUCGGAUAUCAGAUGUUAGUAUUUAAAGAUUGGGUACCCGGCUGCUUAUUUUUUGUAAUCGAGUUGGUUUUUAUCGUCUGUCCUAAUUUUUGUAUAAUUUCUGAUAGUCAAACAUUUUUAUUAAUGUGUUGAUUGUAUUCUUGAAUAAAUAAUUGAGGCUUGUGGCUUUCUAGUUUU